AUGACAGGCUUCACCUUUUACAAUUAUGAGCCUUCCUUACCAGCGGCCGUCGCAUUUGUCAUUAUCUUCAUCAUCACCACUCUAAUCCACUUAUGGCAAAUGUUCCGGCAUCGAACGUGGUAUUUUAUCCCCUUCCUCAUCGGCUGCCUCUUUGAGGCAUUCGGCUACGUCGGCCGCGCGCUCUCCGCAGACGAAGCUCCAGAAUACACCAAGAACCCGUACAUCUUGCAGUCGAUAUUGCUCCUCCUCGGUCCUGCACUCUUCGCCGCGUCUAUCUACAUGAUACUGGGCCGGUUGAUCGUUCUUUUGGAUGCCGAUCACUUAUCCCUCAUUCAGAAAAAGUGGCUAACAAAGGUUUUCGUGCUUGGCGAUGUGCUUUCUUUCCUGGCACAGAGUGGAGGCGGCGGAAUGCUUGCCUCGGCAAAGUCCAAAGAUAAGGUCGAAAUGGGGGAGAACAUGAUCGUAGGCGGACUGUUCAUCCAGAUCGUCUUCUUCGGCUUCUUCAUGGUUGUCACGGUUGUCUUUCACAUGCGGAUCCGCUCUCGUCCAACAUCUCGAUCUCUCGUCUUGAACACUCCCUGGGAGAAGUUGCUGGUCGUCCUUUAUGCUUCGAGUCUUUUUGUACUCGUUCGGUCGAUUUUUCGUGUCGCAGAAUAUGUUCUUGGGAAGGAUGGGGCGUUGCAGGCUCAGGAGUAUUGGCUCUAUAUCUUCGAUGCGACGCUUAUGUCCUUUGUUGCUGUUCUCUUCAAUAUCUUUCACUCUAGCCAGGUGACUAAUCGUUCCGGCGCUGUAAAGCCCGGAUAUACGGUUGAUGAGUAUCCCUUACAUAACGUAUAG